CAUAUACCCAAUCUAGCUCGAUACCAUAAUCCUGUUCCCACCCCUUCAGCAAUGCCUCUCCCAGCCUACCCUCGCUCGACCUUCGUAGCCUCCAAAGACCCCGAGCGUAUCUACUCCUACCUAGACGUGCCCGCCUCGUCUUCGUCCUCGAGCACCUCUGCGCCUCCAAUCCUCUUCUUGCAUGGCUUCCCCGACCUAGCUAUCGGCUGGUCUGAGCAGAUCGAGUACUUCUCUUCUCGCGGCCACCGAUGUAUCGCCCCUGAUAUGCUCGGGUAUGGACUCACGUCGCGGCCCUCGAGAGGAGAGGGGCGGUUGGGAGAGUAUGCCAUCAUGAGCAUGAGUGGGGAUAUUGCCCGUCUGGUGCACCACGCCUUGAGCUCCAGCACCAGUGACAGUGGUAGCUCGAGUUCAGGCAAAGUCAUCGUCAUCUCGCACGACCACGGUGCCAACUUUGCCUGGAAGUUCACGCACUAUCACCCACACCUCGUGCUGGGAAUGGUGGGGCUGUGUGUGCCCUACGCGAGGAUCACGAGUCGGUGGGCGUCGCGAGAAGUGAUUACGCAGCUCAUCCCAACGUUCGGAUACCAGAUGUUCUUCGAGGAGCCGAAGAGUACUAGCAUAGUCCAGGAUCAGUUGGAGACGUUCCUUCUCAACAUUUACAGCAAAGUCGGCCUCUUCACCCUCGACCCAAGCCAAGAACGCACAGAAGCCGAGUCGCCCGAAUUCAGAGGCAAUCUCGAGCGCCUCCUCCUUCAAGCCAGCAAGAAUGGCGGGUCGGGCGCUCUGGGAUCUUCGCAAUCGGACAAAAAGAAGAAGAGGAACGACCUGAUCAUGGAUCCGGAGGUCUUCGAUUACUACAUGGAGCAGUUUGGCGUAAAGGCGGGAGGUAUCGAUGGCGCUCUGAACUGGUACCGUACGAGAAAGAUGAACUUUGAUGAUGAGCAGACCGUCAAACAGAAGAGCUACCCGACGUCCUUCCCCGUGCUUGCCGUGGUGCCAGAUCGUGAUGCGGCGCUUCCCCCAAUUCUGUUCGCCAACCUCCUACGGGACAUCCCACAUGCAGAGCGAGUGGACAUGCGGGACUGUGGACACUUUGUGCAGCUCGAGCAGCCUCGGCAGCUCGCCGAAGCCAUCGAGGGAUGGAUGGUCAGACACGGUCUCAGUGGUGCGAAGAAGGCGAACCUCUAGCUUGUUACUGGAUUAAAAUCCGAGGUGUAACUCUCAAUCUUCGUCGUGCCACAAAGAGAUGCAGAAGUCCCAUGAUAAAUUUGUG